AUGAAUCCUAACAUGCGCGAAGUUGUCAAGAAAGAGGUGGUGAAAUGGUUAGAUGCAAGCAUUAUUUACCCCAUCUCUGACAGUAAGUGGGUGAGUCCCACUCAGGUUGUGCCUAAGAAAUCAGGCAUCACUGUUGUUGAGAACGUCCAGGGUGAUAAGGUCACUACUCGUACAACCACAGGUUGGCGGCCCCCAGAUUGGUCGCUGCCAUUUGAUAUUAUGUGUGAUGCAUCUCACUAUGCGGUUGGAGCUGUGUUAGGACAAAGAGUCAACAAGAAACCCAUUGUCAUAAAUUAUGCUAGUAAGACCUUCUCAGAAGCUCAAUUGAAUUAUACCACAACUGAGAAAGAGUUGCUAGCAAUUAUGUUUGCUCUCGAUAAAUUCCGAUCUUAUCUCUUAGUAUCCAAGGAGCGGGAUAAGAAAGGUCCCAAAAUUGUGGUAGCAGAUCAUUUGUCUAGGAUCUUAAUUGAGUCUCCCUCCACCACUGAGUUGGUUAGAGAAUCCUUCCCUAAUGAGAAAUUGUUUGCGGUUCAUAUUCCUUCUCCUUGGUUUGCUCAUAUAGUGAACUACCUGGCUGUUGGGAAGCUUCCUGAUGGUUGGAUAGACUAUGUGUCCAAAUGGGUUGAGGCCUUAGCCACUAGAACCAAUGAUCAUAAGGUGGGGGAUAAGUUUGUACAGAGCAAUAUUGUUAGUCUCUUUGGAUUUCCAUGUGCCAUCAUUACUGAUGGUGGCUCCCAUUUUAAGCACUGGAUUUUUGGGGCUUUACUACGGAGGUAUUCUAUUACUCAUAAGGUUGCCACGCCUUAUCAUAUGCAGACCAGUGGUCAAAUAGAGGUGUCCAAUAGGGAGAUCAAGUGCAUUCUUGAGAAAACAGUUAGGCCGGAUAGGAAAGAUUGGUCGUUGAGACUCGAUGAUGCAUUGUGGGCCUACCAUACUGCUUAUAAGACUCCCAUUGGCAUGUCCCCAUACCGAUUGGUCUUUGGGAAAGCUUGUCACUUACCUGUUGAGUUGGAACACCGUGCUUUGUGGGCCAUUAAACAAUGUAAUUUUGAUAUGGUCAAAGCUGGUUCCACCCGUCGUCUUCAACUCCUAGAGUUGGAAGAGAUGCGCAAUGAUGUGUAUGAGAGCACACAUAUUUAUAAGGCUAGAACAAAGGCUUUUCAUGAUAAACAUAUUGUCUAUAAGUCUUUUGCAGUUAACCAGAAAGUUUGGCUUUUCAAUUCCAAGUUAUGCCUCUUUACUGGCCUAGAUGUACAGUCAGCGGAGUAUAAUUGUGUUGGCAUAGAGGAGCCAGAGUACGUGUCAGAGGAACACGGUGAUGGUUGCCCUGUGAUGAUUGUGCCUAUGGGCACUGAUGUUGUUGGGGUGCUAUACCCCACCUUUUGA